AUGUCGGGCCUUUACAAUCCCAACUUCUCUCCUGCAAGAGCUGUGUCUCCACAUAUUAGACACCCUUCAGAUGUAGACGGUCAGUACUUGCAAGAGCUGUUGGCGGAGCAUCAAAAGCUUGGGCCUUUCUUGCAGGUUCUUCCCAUCUGUAGCAGACUCUUGAAUCAAGAGAUUAUAAGAGUUUCCUCAAUGAUGCCAAACCAAGGUUUCAAUGAACUUGACAGAUUAAGACAAAGAAGUCCCAGUCCCAUGGCUUCUUCGAAUCUUUUAUCAAAUGUUGCGGGGACAGGAUUAUCUGGCUGGAAUGGACUUCCUCAGGAGAGAAUGAGUGGGCCUCCUGGAAUGACAAUGGACUGGCAAGGGGCUCCAGCAAGUCCUAGUUCAUUCACUGUGAAAAAGAUCAUGCGCCUAGAUAUUCCUGUAGAUAACUUCCCAAAUUUCAAUUUUGUUGGGCGACUGUUGGGUCCUAGAGGAAAUUCACUGAAGCGAGUGGAAGCCACAACAGGAUGCCGUGUAUAUAUUAGAGGAAAAGGUUCAAUAAAGGACCCAGACAAGGAGGAGAAGCUACGGGGACGACCUGGCUAUGAACACCUGAAUGAACCACUUCACAUCUUGAUCGAGGCUGAUUUACCUGCCAAUAUUGUUGACAUCAGACUGAGGCAAGCCCAGGAGAUAAUAGAAGAACUGCUCAAGCCUGUGGAUGAGACUCAGGAUUAUAUAAAGAGGCAGCAAUUACGUGAACUGGCCAUGCUAAAUUCAAGUUUCAGAGAAGAUAGCCCUGGACCAAGUGGCAGCCCCUCAGUUUUCACUACUAGUGGAAUGAAACGUGCGAAAACAAAUUAA